AUGAAAAUAAAUAUUGAAUUUCUAAAAUUAAUCAUUUUAGGAGCAAAUUAUAACGAGGACGAAAAAGUAGCACCAAAUAAUACAUUAACAACAUCACCAUCAUCAUUUAGUAGUGUAUGUCAAUCUAAUGAUACUCAACCACAAGAGUCCCCAUUAUAUAAUCACCAAACAAAUAUAACAGCUACGGGUGGUGGUAUACCUGUUGUAUUGACAUCAAAGGUUGUACCAGUAUCGUCAUAUUCAUCAUCACCCAAUUCAUCAAUCUUGGCAUCAUGUUCACCAAUUACAUUUUCACCACUAUCAUCAUCACAUUUAAAUAGUAACCCGAUAGCUGAAUUUAAUUUAAAUGAUGAAUUUAAUAGUAGUACCAAUAGUAUAAAAGAAAUUAAAGAGAUCAAAGAUACUCACAGUGCUAAUAAUAAUAAUAACAAUAAUAACAUCAAAGAUACUCACAGUACUAAUAAUAACAAUAAUAACAUCAACAAUACCAAUAAUAUUAAUAAUACAAAUAAUAACAAUACAUUAAAUAUUAGUCAUAGUAAUAAUAGUAAUAUUACAUCACCAACAAACUUUUUAUCACCACGUAGUGGUGUUACCUCACCAUUAACAUCAUCAAAUAACAGUAAUAGUGGAAAGGAGCCAAAAGAACAUGGUCAUAGUAUUUUAAGAACAGCUUCAUCAUUAUUAUUAAAUAGAACAAGUAGUAGUAGUAGUUUAAAAAAUAAACAUCAACAUCAACAACAACAACAGCAACAGCAGCAGCAACAACAACAGCAACAGCCACAGCCACAACUCAAUGGCUCAUCCGAUAGUAGUUCCAGUAAUAAAUUAAAUACAUCUUCUUCAUCAGCAAUUGUAAAUUCAACAAAUAACACCAAUUCUAAUAAUAACAGUAGCAAUAAUGGUUUAAAUAGUGGCAGUAAUAAUAUUAAUAAUAAUAACAAUAGUGCUACUAAUAAUAAUAUGAACAAUAGUAAUAAUAACAAUAAUACACCAAAUAAUAAUAUAAAAUCACCAAAAACAAAGAAAAGAACCUUAUUUGAAAAAUUAUAUACAGAAUCAGGAUUUAGUUCGUCAAAACAAUGGUAUGAAAAUAACACAGCUUCAACCGACUAUAUUAUAAGAGAAGCACAGUUUGUUGUACUACUACGUUAUUUAACAGAUUUAACAAAUUAUCAAAUUUUAAAUCUUUUCGAUUCAUUAGACAAGGAUGAUAUGGGUUUCAUAGGUUUUGAAGAGUUCUUUCUUUUAAUAGCAUUCUUUUCAUCUAGAGAGUGUGGGCAAACUACAAAGUUUCUUUAUCAGCAUUGCAAAGUGAUGUUUGAAAUUAUAGCUGGUGGUGGUAAAAUUAUUUAUACAACUAGUAAUCAAAACAACAGAAGUAGCAGAAUUUCAAGUGCCAGUGGUUUGGAAAGUUAUGAAGAUGAAACAUUUAUAAAUUUUGACAAGUUUUGCAAGUUUGGAAAUAUGAUUGGUAUACCGAAUGAUCAAAUUCUAUCAUAUCUAGAAAGAUUCAAUACAGUAAUUUUUGAUAAAAUUUCAUUCGAUAUGUUUUCUUUGUUUUAUUUUGUAAUUCUGGAUGAAUGGGAUAGAUCAUCCUAUCCUUUCUUAAAGAAUCUAUAUAAUGAUUUAGAUUAUAACGAACCAUUCAUUGUAGAAAGUAAAAUAUCAAAUAAAAGUAAAACUCCAAAAUCAUCAACAACAACCACUACCACAACCACAACCACUACCACCACUACAACCACUACUACAACCACAAAUAAUAAUAAUAAUAAUAUGAAUAAUAAUAAUAAUAAUAUGAAUAAUAAUAAUAAUAAUAAUAAUAAUAUGAAUAUGAAUAUGAAUAGUAAUAGUUUAAAUAAUAGUAAUAGUAAUAUGAAUAAUAUUAAUAGUAUGAAUAAUUAUAACAAUAAUUUUGUAAAUAAUUAUAGUACUAAUGCCAACUAUUAUAAUACAAAUACAAUUAAUAUUAAUAAUAUAAAUUUCAAUAAUAAUAAUAAUAUGAAUGGUAAUAAUUUUAAUAAUAUUAAUAAUAUCUUAAAUUCAAUAAAUAAUUAUAAUCAAUUAAAUAACCAAUUUAAUAUCAAUUUUAAUAAUUUUAAUAGUGUAUCACCUAAAGAUUUUAGGAUGCAUCAGCUACAAAUUCAACAACUUCAACAACAAAUUCAACAGCUUCAGCAACAGACCACUGAUGUAUCUUUAAUGAUAAAUGGCUUGAAUACUCCCACAUUACCAACACCAUCAUCCUCAACAACAACAUCCUCCUCAACCUCUACCCAAUCUCAACAACCACAACAAAAACCACAACCAUAUUCACCUAGAUCACCAACAUUAGUACUAUCACCCCCGUCAUCUUCAGCAUCACCAAUUACAACACCAACUUUAACUAGUCCUAUAAUUCAACAUCCCUCACAAUAUGAAAUUCUCGAUAGGGAUAAAUGGAUUGAUUCCUUUACAAAUACAUUCAAAUUAGAAUAUUCAAUAAUUCAAUAUUUGAAAGAAUCACUCAAUCACGAAGGUCUUUUUAGUAUUGACCAAUGCAGAAAUGUUCAUAAGGAUGAUUGGAAAGCUAUUAUUAAAAAAGAAAAAGCUAGAAGAUUGUUUUUAAAAGCUUUGGAAGAAUGCCCUGUAGCGCCACCAAAUUUACAAUUACAACCAAUGCUACCAGCAACCAUCUCAACAAAUGAUGAUAAUAAUACCAAUAUAAAUGGUGAUAUAAACAACAGAAAUUUCAAUGGAGUUAAUCACCAAAACAGUUCAAACAACUCACCUAAAAAACAAGCUGGUUUAACUGAUAAAAUUAAAAAGAAAUUUAAUAAAGGAUAA